UUCUCAGCAAUCUCUUUCCAACAUUUCUGGAGUGUGCCGAUGCCACACCCUCGCCGGAUUCUAGUCUACCCUUGAUAAAUCCGGCGCGGCGGGUGACCGCUCAACAAGCUUUGGAUAGUUCUCGAUUUGUUACCGACUCUCAAGCAAGCAAGCAAGGCCAUCGCGUCCCGACUUCAGUAUGCCAUCGACAAAAUAUCGGCAGCGCCCCGCCAGAUGGUCCUCGAGAACCAGAUGCCUUGGUGCCAUGCCCAUCUCUACGAUGACGGCAUGGCCCGGUCGAUGCAAUAUGCGGUCUCGUCUGCCGCCCUACUCGCGGCCAAGAACGACGCCAAUGCCCGGGUGAUCCGCGAUUGCAAUGAGAGUCGACUUCAGGAUCUGCUCUCUAGUCCCCCCCCAACUGCUCCCCUGGAUGUCAUUGCGCGCGAAGAUGCCCUCUUUAUCUACCAGAUCCUCCGCCUGCUCGACACAGAUGCCCGCGUCCGCCUCAGCUACGACGCCACCAUGCCACAGCUUGAAGAAGCAGCCUAUGCCCUCAUCCCACACAUCGCCUUUCACGAACCUGCCGCCCCAGGCCAGUCAAGUCACGGCCUCGAUGUCCUGCCGCUGUAUCGCAUCUCGGCGGCGCGUGCCUUCUGGGGUUCGUGGGUCUUCCAGGAGUCGGUCCGGCGGACGCUGGCCAUAAUCUUGUUAUUCCUGCUGACGUAUCACUACAUGAGGGGUCAGGUGUUGACACAGCAGUGCAGCAGUGACAGGUACGCGUGCAGCUCAGUGACCCUGUCGGCGCACCUGUGGCAAGCGGGAGACUCCGUUGACUUUGCCCUCGCUUGGAGGAACAAGAGGCAUUUUGUCUUGCAUUGCGAAGCAUAAGUCGGAUCGUUCUAGGAAGGUGCCGCGUGGGCAGACAGGCAGACUGACGAGACAGAUUGGAACCCGUGACGGCGGUGAUGGCGGACGCCAAGAGUGACGACAUUGACGA